CAUCACCAACAUGCAUGUAAACCCCCAGCGACCUCUCGACGCGGCGCCGCCGAAAACAACAACGCCUGCCUCGGUCCUCUGAGACGCUUCUUUCGCCUUCUUUUUUCUAUCGGCAUGCGGCUUCUUUAAAAAAAAAAAAACGAGCCGCUUGUCUACCUGCCCGCAUCUUUUUUCUUCUUCCCCUGGUUGUGGCGGCGGCGGCGGCCGACCCACGCUACACGGUGCUGGCUGGCGGAAGCUUCUUCCGCUGGAGGGGACCGGUGAGGCCUGCGGUCGGUUUGAUCUCCGGACUGAUGGUCUGGACGGGGUUGGAUUGUUAAUGAACCGGGCGGAGGACCUCCGGGCUGUGUUUAAAAACGGAACAUGUCUUUCUCCUGGCUGACUUGUUCACUUCUUCUGGGAACUUUAUGCGCAGGGUACAGUCUGGGCGAGGCCGAGACCCGGGAGUGCGUGUUCUACAAUGACAACUGGCGCGCGGAGAAGACCAACCAGAGCGGCUUUGAGCGCUGCGACGACAAGGACAAGGACAAAGACAAGCGGCUGCACUGCUACGCCUCCUGGCUCAACUCUUCAGGGACUAUCAAGCUGGUGAAGAAAGGCUGCUGGCUGGACGACUUUAACUGCUAUGACAGGCAAGAGUGCGUCUCCAUGGACGAGAACCCUCAGGUGUUCUUCUGCUGCUGCGAGGGAAACUACUGCAAUGAGCGCUUCACCCACCUCCCUGACAUGAUUGGCAGUGGCAACAGAGUCAAAAUCCGGCCUCCACCCAGAGUGCCAUCCAUGCUCAACGUGCUGGUCUACUCCUUGCUACCUCUCUGCGUGCUCUCCCUGGCAAUCAUCCUGGCCUUGUGGAUGUACCGCCACCGCAAGCCCCCCUACGGCCACGUGGACCUAAGUGAGGACCCUGGACCCACUCCUCCAUCUCCUCGGGCGGGUCUGAAACCCCUGCAGCUGCUGGAAAUCAAAGCCAGGGGGCGCUUUGGUUGCGUUUGGAAAGCUCAGCUCAUGAGCGAACAUGUCGCCGUCAAGAUCUUCCCGGUUCAGGAUAAGCAGUCGUGGCAAAACGAGCGGGACAUCUUCCUGACUGCGGGCAUGCGGCACGAGAACAUCCUGCGCUACAUCGCCGCAGAGAAGCACGGAAGCAACCUGGAGACGGAGCUGUGGCUCAUAACAGAGUUUCACGAAAGAGGGUCAUUGACCGAUCACCUGAAGGGCAGCACUGUGACGUGGGGCGAGCUGUGCCUCAUCGCCGAGACCAUGUCCCGCGGCUUGGCUUACCUCCAUGAGGACAUUCCGAGUUACAAAGGGGAAGCGCCAAAACCCACCAUCGCGCACAGGGAUUUCAAGAGUAAGAAUGUGAUGGUCCGAGACAACCUGGUUGCAGUCAUCGGAGACUUUGGGCUGGCCGUCCGCUUUGAACCAGGAAAACCUCCAGGAGAUACACACGGCCAGGUGGGCACGAGGCGCUACAUGGCUCCAGAAGUGCUAGAGGGAGCCAUCAACUUCCAGCGUGACUCCUUCUUGAGGAUCGACAUGUACGCCAUGGGCUUAGUGCUGUGGGAGCUGGUGUCCCGCUGCAGCGAGAUGGACGGUACCACCGGUGAGUACAUGCUGCCGUUUGAGGACGAAAUUGGUCAGCAUCCAUCCCUGGAGGACCUGCAGGAUGUGGUUGUGCACAAGAAAAUGCGUCCAGUCAUCAAGGACUGCUGGCUCAAACAUCCUGGUCUGAGCCAGCUGUGCGAGACCAUCGAGGAAUGCUGGGACCACGACGCAGAGGCCCGCCUGUCUGCCGGCUGCGUGGAGGAGCGCAUCGGCCAGAUCGCCAGGACCACCGGCGGCACUACCUCAGACGGCCCCGUCUCCAUCGUGACGCCUCUCACCAACGAGGACCUACCUCCCAAAGAGUCCAGUACCUGAACGGGGGCGGCGGCUACCAUCUUUGGGCCCCCUCAGCUCCUGACUUUUUGACCUUUUUUUUUUUGG